UAUCUAAAAAGACCUAGGGAGAAUUAUUGUAGGAACUUGUACGUGUCAAUGUAAUCAAAACUAUAUUUAUAUAACCGUUAUAACAAUAGUAUAAAUGUUAUAAACUUGUAUAACAAUGGUAUAUAGUUAUAUAAGUUUGGACCCUCAAUCUUAUAUAACUAAACUUAUAUCUAAGGAGAAACUAGUACAAUUACAUAAGUUUGAAGGAAGGGUUUCAUUGACACUACUAUUAUUUUAACUUUUAUGCAAUUUGCCCUUUGUUUAAAUUAUUUCUGAUUUAUUUAUUGAUUUUGUCAGCAGCUUCCGUUUUCUGCCAUCAGCAUUGAUAGAGAGAGGAUUUUGGUGUUUAAUUUUUUGAUUUUGUAGAACAAACGCUUUUGUUCUUCAAAAUUGAAAUUCCAAUUUUUUAAGCUUAAAACAAAAAACCCAAUUGAAAUCUCCCUCUCAAUCUCACUCUCUUCUUCUUCUUCUUCUUCUUCAAAUCAAACAAUGUUGUUGCUCUCACUCUGAUCAUCACUCCAUCUUUCAGAUUUUGUUGAACUAACUCUGAAUCUCAUCACUAAUUAUCACUUGUACCGACCAUCAUAUUUGAAUUUGAAACAAACCCACUUUCCCUUUUCUUCUCAUUAUUUGAUUUUGAGAUUCUUUCUCACUUUCCGCCCAAGUUUCUGCUAAAGGAAGCUGAAGGAGGAAAUGGGUAUUGCUAAUCGAGAAGCUAUGAAGCAGUUUCAGCUGCUAAUGGAGGAAGUCGAUGGAUCACUGAAGAACUCAUUUGAGAAUAUGCAUCAAGGUCAUCCAGCUGAAACUUUGGAACGGUUUCUGAAGGCCAGAGACUGGAAUUUAGCUAAAGCCCAUAAAAUGUUAAUAGAUUGUCUACAUUGGAGGAUACAAAAUGAGAUUGACAACAUAUUGGCAAAACCGAUCAUUCCUCCUGAGUUAUACAGAGCAGUGAGAGACUCUCAGUUGGUAGGAUUGUCUGGAUACUCGAAAGAGGGUCUUCCUGUCAUUGCUGUUGGUGUUGGUCAAAGCACCUUUGACAAGGCAUCUGUUCAUUAUUAUGUGCAGUCACACAUCCAAAUGAAUGAAUAUAGGGAUCGUGUUGUGUUGCCUGCUGCGUCAAAGAAGCAUGGGCGACAUAUAAGCACCUGCCUCAAGGUUUUGGAUAUGACGGGAUUAAAGCUUUCAGCAUUAAAUCAAAUAAAGCUUCUGACUGUCAUAUCUACCAUUGAUGACUUAAAUUAUCCCGAGAAGACCGAUACUUAUUACAUUGUGAACGUUCCAUAUGUAUUUUCUGCUUGCUGGAAGGUUGUAAAACCUCUUUUACAAGAAAGGACAAGGAAGAAAAUCCAAGUGCUACAGAACUGUGGGCGAGAUGAAUUACUAAAGAUAAUGGAUUAUGCAGCACUACCACAUUUUUGUCGAAAAGAACGAUCAGGAUCAUCUCGGCGUGUCGAGAAUGGAAAUACAGAAAACUGUUUCUCCUUUGAUACUGCAUUCCAUCAACAACUUUACAAUUACGUUCAGCAACAAGGUGCUGUUAGGGAGCCGAUUGUACCAAUAAAACAGGGAUCAUUUCACGUGGAUUUCCCUGAACCAGAUCCCAGAGAUGUCGAAAUCGCAAAAACAAUAGAAACAGAGUUCCAUAAGUUGGAAAAUCACAAUGCACUCAAUUAUUCCAUGAAUGCCCUUCAAGUCAAUGGAGAAUGAUGAACGUAGAAUACCAAUCAUGUCUCUUGGAAACUACAAGCCCAUUGAGCUAUUAUUACAUAUAGGAUAAGCUCCUGCUUCCAAUUUCAUGUAAUAGAAAGUUUAUUUACACUCUGCUGCAUUGGUGCACGUCCCUAACCUAUGCUUAAGGCAGGUCUUGUUCGAGAUGCCAUAAAAUGAAAUGAUUCAAUCCUCUUA